UGUAAAGUUAUGGUCUGAUAGCGUCAAAUAACUUGUGUAGUUUAUCGCUUUCGGCCACAUAAAUUUGACCAAUUUAUAUCCUUCAUAUCGCUCCCUUAUCGUGAUAUCAUGCCACUGUCCAUUAAUGGCUCUCCUUUGCGCCGAGCUUUGGCGGAAGGCCGACCUGCACUGGGCGUGACAAUGGUAUUGCCAGGUGCCCUUCACGCUAGGAUCCUGGCUAGUCUACCCAAUCUCUCUUAUAUUUUCGUCGACCUCGAACACGGCGCGAUGAGUGAUACUGAAAUGCAAGCCGCUAUCCAGGCGAUCGUUCCCUUCGGAGUGUCACCGAUCGUUCGCAUUCCGGCAGGGGAGCCUUGGAUGAUUAAAAGAGCACUGGACGCCGGAGCCCACGGCAUUGCUGUCCCUAUGGUCUCCACACCGGAAGAAGCCGCGGCGAUAGCGUCGGCUGCUCGAUUCCCCCCAAAUGGAUGUAGGGGAUUUGGCUCGACAUUCUCAAGGGAUGCCUUCGGCUGGACUUCUGAUGCUGAAUACCUUGAAAAGGCCAACAAUGAGAUCCUAGUCGCCGUUAUGAUCGAGACGAAGCAAGGCUAUGAGAAUGCCGAAGCGAUUAUCAAUACUCCUGGAAUAGAUAUCAUUAUGACGGGAGAGACCGAUAUCUGUCUGUCCAUGGGAUAUCCCCUGACUCCGGACAAUCCGGCUCAGGAAGUCACCGCGGCCAUCUCACACAUCUCAUCACUGGCACGCAAAGCCAACAAGUGGCAGGGUGGACGCAUCAGACCUUCAACGGGUGGCCCAAAGGCGAUGGCAUCAAGAGGCAUUGGUAUGAUACAGGUCGGGGUGGACGCUUGGUUGUUAAGGGAGACCCUGAAUGCGAAGAUCACCCAGGCGAUGGAAAGCUAGGAAUGUCUUCGUGACGAAAUGUUGCAUAGCGGUGUACGCGGUGUUUGACUGCAGCAGGAAUCCUAUGCAACGCCUGAGGCCAUGGAAGAAGCC